CCUGCGGGCGGUGCUGCGGGCGGCCCGGCCCCGCUCCCGCUGCCGCUGCCGCUACAGCUCCCUCUCCGUUCCCGGCUCAGUCCCCGGCUCCGUCCCGCAGCGCGCCCAGGCACCAGGAUGGCUGUUCUCUCCAAGGAGUAUGGGUACGUCAUGCUGACCGGGGCUGCCAGCUUCGUCCUGGUCAUGCAUCUCGCCAUGAAGGUGGGCAAGGCCCGCAAGAAGUACAACGUGGACUAUCCAACCAUGUACAGCACAGACCCUGAAAACGGGCGUAUCUUCAACUGCAUCCAGCGUGCACACCAGAACACGUUGGAAGUUUAUCCCGCCUUCCUGUUCUUUUUAGCCACCGGUGGAAUCUACCACCCGCGGGCUGCCACAGGGCUUGGCAUCGCCUGGAUCAUUGGGAGAAUCCUUUAUGCCCAUGGCUACUACACGGGAGAUCCCAAAAACCGAAGGAGAGGGGCCAUUGGCUCAGUGGCACUCCUUGGGCUACUGGGCACAGGAGUGUGUUCAGCCUGCCAGCACCUGGGCUGGGUCUGCCAAGGGCAGGGCUGCCCAAAAAGCUAAAGGGAGUUUUGUUCUGUUUUCUUCUAGAACACUUCAUUUCCUGUAGAUUUUUUCUUGUCUCAUUCAAUAAAAUGAAAUUUUCAAUUCUGUAUUUUCA